AAAUAAUUUAGCGUUAUCGGGGCCCUGGCAUAAAACGUUUUAUUUCUGUUUAUCAUAAUUCAAUCCGAGUUUGAGGGAGUAGCCACAGAGAUACGCCUCAUCAUGGCUACAAAGGCCCUGUUAGUCUGUCUUUUAAUAGCGGCCGUUGUCUUCGUCGAAGCCGGCAAACAUCCAAAAGCUAAUAAAAUCAAGAAAGCUAAGGCCAGUCCAGGAUCCAAGAAAUGCGCCGGCCCAUGUGCAGUGUCAUGUGCACCUCCUUGUCCUCCUACAUGCUGUCCCCCACCACCACCCCCACCGUGCCCACCACCUUGUCCUCCCCCUUGUCCUCCUCCAUGCCCACCACCUCCUCCCCCAUGCCCACCACCUUGUAUGACCAGUAGUGUACAACACUCUCACAGUCAUGCGUGGGCACCAGCUCCUCCCCCACCAUGCCCUCCCCCAUGCAUGCCUCCAGCUCCCCCUCAGGCUGUUCACCAUAUCCACCAUGUAACACAUCACCAUAUGCUACCUCCUCCUCCACCACCCCCACCUCUUCCAUGCCCUCCACCAUGCCACACCGCUAGCGUUAUGCACCAUCACAGCCACCAGUGGGCUCCUGCUCCGCCUCCACCUUGCCCACCUCCCUGUCUCCCACCCGCUCCUCCCCAGAGGAUCCAUCACGUUCACCAAGUUGUCCACCACAUUGUCCACCCACCACCACCACCUCCGCCAUGCCCUCCUCCAUGUGUGCAGACCUGCGCACCAUCCUGCCCCGUGGCCUGUUGUAAGAAGAACAAGGUAAAGAUCGAGGAUGAAGCCUCUGGCAAUGCUGAUGAUGAAGAAGAAGUCAGUGAUCAGGAAGAAAAGAAGGAAGAGGAGAUUGCCAAGAAAGAGGAUAAAGAAGAGGAAAAGCAGGAGGAGAAACAAGAGGAUAAACAGGAAGAUAAACAAGAAGACAAACAAGAAGAGAAACAGGAAGAUAAACAGGAAGAGGAAAAGAAGGAAGAAAAGAAAGACGACAAAGAGGAUGAUGAGGAUUAACUUUGCGGAGCUUCAUAGAUAGGUUUUUUUCGGUGUAUGUUACACGAGGUGUCUAGCGUCCAGGACGAUGCGCUGUCGAUGCGAUAUGCCUUUAACAGGCAUGCUCGUACGCCUGUGAUUAUAAACGCAGUCUUCGAUUCACCAAUGUGAAGUUUUGAGAGAAGUUGUACAUGUGCUUAUUGUUGGUAUUUAAUUAAAGGUGAAGCGUUUUAAACUAUA